GCCAUGGAAAAUUUAUUUGAAAACUUAUUGUUCUUUACUUAUAUAAUACAUAAUGUCUGUUGUUGGUAUUGAUCUUGGUAAUCUCCAAGCUGUUAUUGCUGUUGCCCGUAACCGUGGUAUUGAUGUCAUCUGUAACGAAGUCUCUAACCGUGCUACUCCCCAUGUCGUUUCAUUCGGUGCUAAGCAAAGAUAUAUCGGUGAGGCUGCUAAGACUCAAGAAAUUAGUAACGCUAAGAACACCGUUGUCAGCUUGAAGCGUCUUGCUGGUCGCACUAUCGACGACCCUGAGGUUCAAGAAGUUGAGAAGAACUUCAUCAUGGCCGAAUUAGCUGAUGCUAACGGUCAAGCCGGUGCUAAGGUUAACUACCUUGGUGAGGAACAAGUUUUCUCUAACGUUCAACUCCUUGCUAUGUAUCUUAACAAGAUUAAGGAUAUUACCGCUGCUGAAAUUAAUGGUCCCGUUUCUGAUUGUGUUAUCACCGUCCCCGGUUGGUUCACUGAAGUCCAACGUCGUGCUAUUCUUACUGCCGCUGAAAUGGUCGGUUUGAACUGUCUUCGUUUGGUUAAUGACUUGACCGCUGCAGCUCUUGGUUACGGUAUCACCAAGACUGAUCUCCCUGAGGAAAAGCCCAAGAAUGUCGCCUUUGUUGAUAUUGGUCACUCCUCUUACUCUUGUCAAAUUGUCUCUUUCGUUAAAGGUCAAUUGACUGUUCGUGGUAACUCUUUCGAUGAACAUUUCGGUGGUCGUGAGUUUGAUGCUGUUAUCGUCGAUAAGCUUGCUGAGCAAUUCAAGGAGAAGUUCAAGAUUGAUGUUUUCUCCAACAAGAAGGCCCUUUUACGUCUUCGUGUCGCUGCUGAGCGUUGUAAGAAGGUUCUUUCUGCUAACCCUCAAGCUCCCGUUAACAUCGAGUCUAUCAUGGACGAUCGUGAUGUCUCCGCUAUGGUUACUCGUGAAGAAUUCGAGCAAUGGGCUUCUCACCUUUUCACCCGUACUGAAGAUGUCUUGAGUAAGGCUCUUGAAAAUGCAGGUUUAACUGUUGCCGAUAUUGAUUCCGUUGAGAUGAUCGGUGGUACUACUCGUAUCCCUGCUAUCAAGGCCACCAUCUCCAAGUACUUCGGUAAGGAAAUCUCUACCACUCUUAACCAAGAUGAAGCUAUGGCUCGUGGUGCUGCUCUCCAAUGUGCUAUGUUGUCUCCUGUCUUCAAGGUCCGUGAUUUCCGUAUCAACGAGAUUUGCACCUAUCCUAUUAAGCUUACUUGGGAUGCUACCCCCGAGGAAGAGGAAACAGAAAUUGUUGUUUUCGAUAACAAUAACUCCAUUCCUUCUACCAAGAUCUUAACUUUCUUCCGUCGUGAACCUUUUACUUUGCAAGCCCUUUAUGCCAAGCCUGAAUCUUUACCUCGUGGUAUCAACCCCUGGAUUGGCCAAUUCAAUAUUAAGAAUGUUGAGCCUGUCAACGGUGAACCAGCUCAAAUCAAGGUUAAGGUCAGACUUAACAUUCACGGUCUUAUCUCCGUUGAAUCUGCCUACACUGUCGAGGAAAAGAUGGUUGAUGAAGAGGUCAAGAACAAGGACGGUGAGAAGGAAACCAAGAAGGUCAAAAAGCUCGUUAAGACAGGUGACCUCGCUGUUGUUUCUGGCACCACCGCCCUUUCUAAGGAACUCGUCAACGAAUACACCGAAAAGGAAAGCCAAAUGUAUGCCAACGAUAAACUUAUCGCUGCCACCGAGGCCGCCAAGAACUCUCUUGAAGAAUAUGGUUAUGAAAUGCGUGAUAAGAUUCUUGGUCCUCUUUCCGAUUAUAUUGACCCUAGCAUCAAGGAUAAGUUUGCUGCUGACUUAAACGCUGUCGUUGAUUGGAUUUACGAUGAAGGUUAUGAUGCCCCCAAAUCCGUCUAUGUUGAGAAGCUUGACGCUCUCAAGAAGAUCGGUACUCCCGUUAUCGAACGUUAUCGUGAAGCUGAGGAGCGCCCUCAUGCCGAACGUUCUCUUCGUGAUGCCAUGUAUCGUUUAACUCAAGAAGCUAUGUCAACUGACGAAAAGUACUCUCACAUUCUCCCUCAUGAGAAGCAAGAUAUUGUCGAACGUUGUGAACGUGCCGGUAGAUGGAUGGAUGAACAAAACGCCAAACAAGCCAAGGUUUCUAAGUGUGAAACUCCUGUCUUGUUCAGUCGUGACAUCAAGAAGGAGGAAGAGGCUAUUGCUGCAUUUGCCCAUCCUAUUUUGAAUAAGCCUAAGCCUGCCCCUAAGGUUGAGGAACCCGCCUCUGCUGAUGCCGAUACCCCCAUGGACGACUCCAGCGAAAACAAGAAGAAGGAAGAUAUGGAUAUUGAUUAAAUUAAUGAAUAGAAAAAAAAAAUGUCAUCAUAUUUCACAACACAUAUUUUUCCUUGCACAACAAAAAAAGAAUAGAGUAUCUAUAAUACUCUGUUUUUGUUUCAACAAAUUCAGUAGAAGAACAUUAUAAAUAAAUAAAAAUUUAACGUAAAAAAGAAA